AUGGGGGUGUGGGGCGGCACUGCUGUUCCCCCAGACGAAAUCGCUGCUCUGCAUCCUUGUGCCAGGAACCAGAAUGAGCUGGCGUGGACGGUGGUGGUGGGUGACCACGAACUGGGCAAGGCGGACCCCGGGGAGCGGGAGGUGCCUGUGCGACGCAUCGUGCCUCACCCCAAGGUUGGUGGAGGUGGGCACUCCCAGGUCAUUCCUAUGCUCCCCAUAACUCCUCACCUACACUCCCUUCACCUCCCUCAGUUCAACCCCAAGACGUUUCAUGGGGACCUGGCGCUGCUGGAGCUGGCGGAGCCGCUGGCACCAUCGGGCACCGUGAGCCCCGUGUGCCUGCCCAGUGGUACCACCGAGCCCAGCCCCGGCACCCCCUGCCGCAUUGCGGGGUGGGGGUCCCUGUAUGAAGGUAGGUGCCACCUAGCACCCAUGGGGUCUGUGCUUGGUGUUGAGCCACCAAGCCAAAGGAGCAAAAAGAAGAGGGUGUGGGCACCCCAAGCAUGGGAUACCCAUAAUGGGCACCUUGCCUGGCAGAGGGGCCAUCGGCCGAGGCAGUACCCUGGGCAUGGGGUGAGCACACAGCCCUGUCUGCUUGGACUGAUGUGCAGAUGUCCCCCCCAGGGUGACUCGGGUGGUCCGCUGGUGUGCCAGGACCCCUCCUCGCACCGCUUUGUCCUCUAUGGCAUCACCUCUUGGGGUGAUGGCUGUGGUGAGCGGGGCAAACCGGGUGUCUACACUCGCGUGGCUGCCUUUGCCGACUGGCUCAGCCUGCAGAUGGACUCUGUUCCUGGCAGCCGGGAGCCAAGCUGCUUUGACCUGCUGGCCCUGUCCCAGCUGCCCCCUGAGCAGCAGCCCCUCGAGCACACCCGUCUCUGCUCCUUCUAUGCGGGGUCCUGCCGGGCUGCCCCAGGCCGAGCCAGCUGCACCCACCUUGCCGAUGAGACGUGCCGUGCCCGGAUGAGGCGAUGCGGUGAGAUGAAGUGA